GCCGCAGGACCAAGGAAACCAAAAGCCAUCACCCCCAGAAAAAAAAGAGAGAAAAAGCAUCCGAAAAAAUCAAUCAGGAAAAAAAAAAGAGGAAAUCCCCAAUCCUCCAUGAAGCCUACCACUCCCUCCCCUCCCGCCGCGGCGGCGGCGGCGGCGGCCACCGACGACCCUUCCCCGUCGCCGUCCGACUCCACGUCGGCCGCGUUCUCCGUCGAGCGCCGCGGCGACGCCUCCGCCUCCUGCCGGUGGACGCUCCCGGACUUCCCCCGGACGCGCGCCCGCACCUUCUACAGCCGCUACUUCGAGGUCGGCGGCUUCGACUGCCGCCUCCUCCUCUACCCGCGUGGCGACUCGCAGGCGCUCCCCGGCUACCUCUCCCUCUACCUCCAGGUCCUCGACCCCAAAACCCCAACGUCGUCGUCCUCCGCCACCACCACCUCCUCCUCCUCGAAAUGGGAGUGCUUCCUCAGCUACCGCCUCUCCGUCGCCCACCCCUCCGAUCCCUCCAAGUCUCUGGUGCGCGAUUCCUGGCACCGCUUCUCCUCGAAGAAACGCUCGCAUGGUUGGUGCGACUUCGCACCCUCCUCCGCCGGCGUCUACCUCUUCCCGCCGCACGACUCGCUUGUCAUUACCGCCGAUAUAUCGGUGCUCUCCGAGGCCGCCUCAUUUGCUGAGACUGACGGUCGCUUCACCUGGAAAGUGCUCAACUUCGGCGUCUUCAGGGAGAUGAUCCGUACACAGAAGAUCAUGAGCCCUGCAUUCUUCUCUGCCGCCAAUGCGGGUGGGAGUGACUGCGGGCUUCGGAUUAGUGUUUAUCAGAGUAAUGUAUCUGGCGCAGACCAUUUGUCUGUUUGUUUGGAGAGCAAGGAGCCCCUGGUGCAGGCAACAUCAGGGUCCUCAUCAUCAGCAUUGCCGUCGAGUGGCGGGGGCAGCGGCGUCCUCGAUGGUGACCGUGGGUGCUGGUGUCUGUUCCGUGUUUCAAUCCUCAGUCAGAGGCCUGGUGGGAGUCACAUCCACAAAGACUCCUAUGGCAGGUUUGGGGCUGACAAUGCCAGCCUUGGGUGGGGAGAUUACAUGAAAAUGGAUGAGUUUUUAGCUGCUGAUGGGGGUUACCUCGUUGAUGGUGCUGUGGUGUUUAGUGCUUCAGUCCAUGUGAUCAAGGAGUCAAACUCGUUCACUCGCAGCUUACCAAUGAUAGCAGGCAUGAGUGGUGCUGGCAGUGGACGAGCUGGGGCUAGAAAGUCAGAUGGGCACUUCGGAAAGUUUGUGUGGAGGAUCGAGAACUUCACAAGAUUGAAGGAGCUGCUGAAGAAGCGAAAGAUCACGGGUCUGUGUAUCAAAAGCAGAAAGUUUCAGGUUGGGAAUCGAGACUGCCGUCUUAUUGUAUAUCCAAGGGGGCAGUCUCAACCUCCAUGCAACCUGUCAGUGUUUUUAGAAGUGACAGAUCCCCGGAAUAGCAGUGAAUGGAGCUGCUUUGUGAGCCAUAGAUUAUCUGUCAUCAAUCAGAAAUUCGAGGAGAGGACCAUAAUGAAAGAAUCUCAGAACCGUUACUCUAAGUCAGCGAAGGAUUGGGGAUGGCGUGAAUUUGUGACAUUAACUGUCCUAUUCGAUCAGGAUGCUGGUUUUCUUGUACAGGACACAGUUGUCUUCGCUGCUGAGGUUCUCAUUCUGAAAGAAACUGCAAGUAUUCAAGAGCUUAGUGACGAAGAUUCUGAAGCAUGCAGUUCAAGCUCUGGAUGCCAGAUUGAUUCUCUGCCAAAACAUCCAUCAUUUAUGUGGAAGGUGGAAAAUUUUCUAUCCUUUAAGGAUAUUAUGGAGUCGAGAAAGAUUUUUAGUAAAUAUUUCCAGGCUGGUGGUUGUGAGUUGCGUAUAGGUGUAUAUGAGUCGUUUGACACGAUUUGCAUAUACCUGGAAAGUGACCAGCCUUCUGGAUUUGAUCCUGAUAAGAACUUUUGGGUUCACUACAAGAUGGCUAUAAUUAACCAGAAGAAUUCUGCAAAAACUGUUUGCAAGGAAUCGUCAAUCUGCACAAAAACAUGGAACAAUUCGGUUCUUCAGUUUAUGAAGGUCUCAGACCUGCUGGACACUGAUGCUGGUUUUCUUGUCCGGGACACCGUUGUUUUUGUGUGUGAAAUCAUAGACUGCUGUCCAUGGUUUGAUUUCUCUGAUCUUGAGGUUUUAGCUUCCGAUGAUGACCAGGAUGAUUUGUCAACAGAUCCUGAUGAUUUUAUUGAAUCUGAUGACACUGAAGAUAUGAGUGGUGAUGAGGAAGAUAUGUUCCGAAACCUCUUGUCAAGAGCUGGGUUUUCUCUUACAUAUGGUGAAAACCAUACUCAGCCACAGGUUACUUUAAGAGAGAAAAUUCUAACAGAUGCUAGUGCAAUUGCUGGAUUUCUUACGGGCCUGCGUGUUUACCUGGAUAACCCAACAAAAGUUAAGCGCAUGCUGCUUCCUACCAAAGUAUCCACCAGGGCUGGUGGAAAGAAAGAUGGUUCAAGGUGUGAUUCGAGUUCCACAAGCCUCAUCAGUUUGCUGAUGGGAGUUAGUGUCUUGAAGCAGGCUAUCAUAGACUUGCUUCUUGAUAUAAUGGUUGAGUGUUGCCAACCAUCAGAAGAUAGAUUGGCAUAUGUCUCAUCAUCAGCAAGUUCCAAAACUUCUCCUGACUCAAAUGGGGCUGGCUCUCCACCAGAGCUCAAUGUUGAAGGUGAACCAACAGAAUGUGCAUGCAGUAAUAAGUAUGAAAGGCUGAAACCUGGCAAUGAUGAUAUCCAGAAUAGGCUUUCUGUACAAAACACAGAUAGGUGUACAAAUGAUGUUCCAGUCACUGUUCUAGAACAGUCAUGUUCUUUCCCAGAAAUAUCUGCUGCUGAUUUUCUAAAAGAUGAAGGUUCUGAUCAGGCUUCCAGGACAAAAUGGCCAGAACAAUCAGAGGAGCUGUUAGGACUAAUAAUUAGUUCAUUGAGGGCACUGGAUGGUGCUGUCCCACAUGGGUGCCCUGAACCAAGAAGACGAUCUCAGUCUGUCCAGAAAAUUGCACUUGUACUCGAGAAAGCCCCGAAGAAGCUUCAGCCAGACUUGGUUGCGCUUGUACCAAAGUUGGUUGAUAGUUCAGAACACUCUCUUGCUGCAUCUGCAAUGUUAGAUCAUCUUCAAAAGCCAGAUGCUGAGCCUUCGUUGAGAUUACCAGUUUUUAAUUCCCUAUCUGAGCUAGAAUUUGACUGUGAUAUCUGGAAACGAGCAUCUUUUCAUGCACAUGAAUUGUUGACUAAUUCAAACGAUGAGCCACUUGUAGAAGCCAUUACAUAUGUUCUCAAGGCAGCAUCGCGAUGCCAGCAUAUUGCUCAAGCUACUACAGCUGUCCGAUGGAGACUAAAAGAUUUGGGUACUGAAGUUCCAGCCUGUGUGCUUGAUUUCUUGUCUAAAACAGUGCAUAGCUGGUCAGAUGUAGCCGAUGCUUUGUUGAAGGAUAUUGAUUCUGACUGCGGGCCUGAUAGCAGUUGUCUCCCAAUGUCCUGUAGUACUUAUAAUACAGAUGGGUUUUCAGUUGAAGGGAUGCAUUCUUUGCAAGAACAAGCUGUACAUGGAAAAGAUCAUCUAUCAGAUGUUUUUAUACUGAUAGAAAUGCUGUCAAUACCCAGAUUAUUUGUUGAAGUUUCACAGGUUUUGCAGAGGGCUUUAUUGCGAGGAGCCUUGGGGCUGCAAAUAGUAGCCAUGGUGUUGGAAAGAAGGCAUUCUCACAGGUCAAGUCUAAAGUCUGGUACUGGGACUAUGGUGAAUGAUUCGCAGAACGAACAAGUUCUGUUAGAUGGGCAGGUUGAACCUUCGGCUGUCCAAGAAGAUGAUUUCACUUCAGUCCUUGCACUUUGUGAGGUAUUAUCUCUAUCUACAGAAACCAGGGUGCAAGACUUUGUGCGGAUGCUUUAUGCCAUCAUUUUUAAGAUAUAUGCUGAGGAUCAUUAUAGAUAUAGAAUUCUGAAGGGCCUUGUUGAACGAGCAACAAAUACUUCAGAUAGCUGCCGAGCAGUUGACAUAGAUAUGGAUGUCUUGGUGUUUCUUGUUAAGGAGGAAUUUGGAAUUGCUAGACCUGUUUUGAACAUGUUGCGUGAGGUUGCUGAAGUUGCUCAAGCUGAUCGUGCAAACCUUUGGCACCAAAUAUGUGCGACAGAAGAUGAGAAUAUGCGUUUGCGAGAAGACAUGGAUAUGGAACAAACAAAAUUCGCUAAAGAAAAAGAUGUAUUAAUGCAACGACUAGCUGAGUCAGAGGCGGCUGCCGCGCAUCUAAGGUCUGAGCUAAAAGCUGAGAGGGAUCGUUUUAUUCGGGAGAAGAAGGUACUUUCUGAGCAGAUGCUGGAGAUUGAGAAUCAGUUGGAAUGGGUGCGAUCAGAAAAGGACGACCAAAUUGUGAAGCUAUUUGCUGAUAAGAAGAAUCUUCGUGAUCGUCUUCAUGAAGCAGAGACACAACUAUCCCAGUUCAAAUUACGGAAACGCGAGGAAGUAAAGAAAAUAACUAAGGAAAAGGAUGCUUUGGCCGAGAGGCUUAAGGGUGCUGAAAUUUCAAGGAAACGAUUUGAUGAUGAAUUAAAACGGUAUGUUGCUGAAACACAGACUCGUGAAGAGAUUCGCAAAUCACUUGAGGGUGAAGUAAGAAGGCUGACUCAGACAGUUGGGCAAACUGAGGGAGAAAAGAAAGAAAAAGAAGAUCAAAUUGCUCGCUGCGAAGCUUACAUAGAUGGAAUGGAGUCAAAACUGCAAGUUUGCCAGCAAUAUAUCCGCACCCUGGAAACCUCACUUCAGGAAGAGAUGGCACGGCAUGCUCCCCUCUAUGGUGUUGGUGUGGAAGCCUUAUCACUGGAUGAGCUCGAUGCACUCGCAAACAUCCACGAGCAGAGUUUAAGACAGAUACAUGCAAUUCAGCAAAGGAAAGGGAGCAGUCAUCUCUUGAGUUCCCCUUCCCUCUCGCAUAUCCCAGGUUUAUACUCCUCGCCUCCUUCAAUGGCAGCUGGUCUGCCAUCCUCACUGAUCCCCACAUCCUCCGUAGCGCCUAAUGGCGCUGGAACCCAUGGAAAUGGGCACAUGAAUGGUUCUAUGGGUAACUGGUUCAACCCAACCUAAAUUCAGAAGAUGCAGCACCGCAACCUGGUGUCCAUUUUGUGCAUCGAUUUCGACGUAUCACAUUUUGCCUAGCCGUAUUUACCAGCCGCUGAGCAAUCCAACGUGAUACCCCCUUUUUGUUCUCGCCAUUCGGUUUGGCUUUUUCGCUUGUGUAUGUGAAACUGGUAGCGCCAUCGGCUUUGAUAGAUCGCCGAAAGCGUUAAGGGUUUCCGCAUGGAAUAAGUUGUAAUAAUCAAAGGGACCCGAUGGAACUACCAGGUAUUCAGGUGCAAAGUGGCAAAGCUAUGGAAAUGGUUGAUACCACCAAUUGCUUGGUUAUUUCUGAAAGCAUUUGGGAAUUUUUUGUUCAAA